UUCACAAAACAGACGCCAAUCGACUCUCCAGACGAUUCAUUGCUGAGCGAAUCGGCGAACAAUGUGUUCCUCGGCUUCACAUACAUAGCGCCGUCCGUUUUGGAGGAAAUGCAUAAACCAUUCGCCGCGAAGACGAGGAAUCAUUCGCCGCGCAAAAUCAAUAGUCCGGAAAUACUUAACCAAAUGAAGAGUUUGCCGAAACAACUCUUCCCUAACAGUUCCAACAACACGACCGGUCGCUAUGGAGUGCCCAUCACCGCCGAUGAACACAUGGACUGUUCCAACACUUACUCAACUAAUAACAACAUCUCUCGUUCACACGUCUAUCCAAUGAAAACACCGAACCGUUCGCCUUCUCUACCCGUUAAGAAUAGUAUCAAAAAAUAUCAACUUUGACCCCUUUUUCACGUUUUAGGAUUAAGUAAAC